CGUCGAAGCCAUUGCAAUUCGCUCUGCCUCGAUUCAUGCGGUUCGUUCGGCUUGUGACUGACUCUCUCCAAUCUUGGCAUUAAUAGCAAACUGUUUGUUCCUCCGCAACGUUUGAGUCUCAAUUUCAAUCCGUUCUUACAACCUAACCGACUACUACCAUCAUCAUGGCGAAAAAGGCUAUCUGCGUAUUGGUGGGCGAGGCCAAGGGAACCCUUACAUUCACUCAAGAGGGUAAUGGUCCGGUGAGCAUUACGGGCGAGGUGUCCGGUUUGAAGCCCGGUUCUCACGGUUUUCAUGUCCACGAAUUCGGGGAUACCACCAACGGAUGUGUGUCCGCUGGUCCGCAUUUCAACUUGGACGGUUGCGAGCACGGUGCUCCGGCUAACAACAAGGGCAGUCGUCACACAGGCGAUUUGGGCAAUGUGGAGGCCAAUGCCGAGGGCGUGGCCACCAUCGACUUGAAAGAUACCUUCAUCUCCCUACAAGGCAUGAAUAGCAUUGUUGGACGAUCCUUGGUCGUCCAUGCCGAUCCCGAUGAUUUGGGACAAGGGGGACAUGAGUUGAGCAAGUCCACGGGCAAUGCUGGAGCCCGACAAGCUUGUGGUAUCAUUGGAUUUGCUAAGGUUUAAGGGUCAACCCGCAUUUGAAUGUUUGGGCCAUGCAAAUUGAAAUAAAAUAUUGAUGGACGUUUUAAAUUCUCAAAGAAAACUGA